AAAACGAAAGGGAGGGAGCGUUCGGAGGGGGCGUUCAUCUAGCUACUCACUAGCUCAUGGGCAGAGAGCUGGCAGUGGUACAAGGCUGCCGAGCCUCUCUGUAUGUCGAUAUAGAGGACUGUUUUACUGCUUUCAGUUGUACCCAGCGGCUAAUUAGCGGAGGAGCUGGACUAACGCUACACGUUUCUUUUGGCUAACUCGGUAUGUCCUAUAGUCCUCAUAUUCUGCCGCAGAGGACGCCAUCGGAAAGGAGCCGCACAGAACCUGCAGCACCACAGUUUUAGGAUGGUGUGACACAUCGACAGACGGCCAGAGGAACCAGUGCUCACCAGUCAGAGGCAGACCAUGGCUCCCAUGCCUCUUCUUUUCCUGGGCUUCAUCCUCUCCUUCCUCCAUCCUUCAGAUUCCCAGACCCUUAUUGGCUCCUCUUCCUCAUUCUCUCCUCUGGACUUUCUCUCACCACCUCAACCAACAAAGCACACUACUAGAUUCUGGCCUUCUCUGCCUCCCAGAGGACGUAGUGAUGUGCCAAUCAGAGCUACAGUCCGGGAUAAACUGACAACUACGAAUGCAGUGCAACAGGGGCGAGAAAUGUCCCGUCCUACCGCACAGUCCACUCCUAUUAUAUCUGCCCUUUCUACGCAGAACCUCAGCAGCGGUCCAAUUUUAACUCAACCAACAGCCUCCAGGCCAAGGACUGACACAGCUAGUUUAGCAUCCAGCAGGACUGUAAAGGGAGAGGCUACUACAAAAUCUCCACCUCUGCCCACUUUGCCCUCUGGUUCUGUUGCUGAGACUGCGGGUGAUAAACCAGUGAGAGCAGGGAAUCCAGAGGAGAAAGAGACAGAGGAUGAUGAUUUGCCUGGAUUGGGAUCAGGUAGUAUUCCAACAGUGAUGAAGGAGGAAUCACCUGUUCCUCAGUCAACAGUUGGUGAUGAAAGGGCGCAGUAUCAGCCACAGGCACAGACGGCGAUAUCUAAAGUAAAAACACCACCACCGGACAGUCAGACUGCAAAGCCUCACCUGUUUGUGCUCACACCAGCUGGUAGAAUCUCUAUGACUCCUCAAACCGAGACAAGAGCCACACCGUCCCCCGUGGUAACACAGGCGACACCUCAGACUGCAGUAUUAACAGGUGAACUGACAGAGAAAACUCCUUCCACUGUCAGAGACACUCCAAAGCAAGACUCUGCUGUGACAUUACCCCAACCCACGUCUACCACCACUGGCUCUAACUAUAAACAGUCAAAGACUGCAGAAGAACCUUUAAACACCAAGACAAAGCAAGUGACAACCACAUCAUCAACUAGUGUGCUUACUACUACACAGGAGGCUGUUAGAACCUCCUCCAAAACAACAAAUCAAUCCAACGGAACAGCACAACUAGGAAGAAAUACAGCUAGUACAACUGUACAGUCAUCAAGGCCAGGGACCUCUUCCUUCCUUGCCACGGGUAUCGUACCUGUUGCCCAAACAAGGUUAAGCCCCACACAUCAGGCUGGUAUUGGUCAGAGGAACCGCUCCAUUCUCCUAGGACAUCCUCACCAAGCUCCCCACUCUACUUCUAAUCCAGCCCGCUCUCCCAGCGACGACCCCUCGUCUAAUGGCACACUUCUCUACUGGGGUGACCUGAGCCGGACGCUGGCUUUCGCCUGGGAGCUGCAUGUAUACGGCUCAGCGAGCCUCUUCCUCGUCAUGUUUGCUGGAGCUGCUCUUGGCCUCACCUUGUCCCCUGGAGCAAACUGUCCUCAUCGGGGGGCUCUUGUACUCGCCAAUGCUCUGUUGUUUCUGGCUGGAGGCCUUAGGGCAGCUCUCUUUCUGAUAGACCCUUACGGCACAAGGAAAUUCCUCCCUCGCCCUGCAGUCAUGGUCCUCUACAACUUGCCCCUACACCUGCUGGUGUGGACACAGGCUGCCCUAGCACUGCUGGCAUUGAGGGUGGCAGGAGUAAGUGUGUUACCUUCCACUUUGGAGCGUCCUCCUCUGGUGGCUGCAUUGGCUGUGUUGCAGUGUACCCUGCUGCUGGCGGUGGAUCUGCUUUCCCCAGCCCUGUCCCCUGUGGUGCCCGUCACCCUUCAAGUCCUGUCUUUAUGCUGGGGCCUGGCUCUCUGUCUGGGCUUCCUCUGCUAUGUGUUUCCACGUAUACGCUGCCCCUCCAUUCCCCAUCCCGGAGUCCCUGAAGAGGCCGGGAGGAAGGCUUGGACAGGGAGCAGGAGGACAGGGGUGAUCCUGGGUAGAGUGUUGGCAGUCUGUGCAGUUCUGGGGGCACUGUGCUGUGGGCUUCAUGUUCAUGCCACCUUAUGGCUCUAUGGACUGUUAGGGAACUGGACACGCUUCAACUGGGGAUGGUGGCUGGUGCACUUCUGGGCCCGGCUCUUGGAGCUGGCCUGGGGGUUCUCCCUCCUACUUCUGGGUUCCUGGGUGUUCUGGAGGCCUCAAGGUUGCAGUGGAAGGGAGGAGGAUGGACCAGAUGGGAGAGCAGCAGGAGACCUGCCGUCACCUGGCCAAUCUACAGGCUCCCCUCAAAGACAUACUUGCUGGUCCAAGAUAGUCCAGAGCCUGAGGGGGAAGCCCUGUAAAAAGUCUGACAGUAAUGGGGUGGGAGGAGGAGGAGGAGGAGGACCAGGGGAGUUGCCUAACAACUGGGCUGGCCAGGAGCGUCCUGGAGCUGACAUCAGCAAGAGUCUGAUCAGGAACCAGAACCACGAGCAGGCCACUGCCCAGCCACGUUGCGUCAAAGACAGCAACCGGGGACGCAACCAUAGAGGCCACUCUGCCGAACGAGGCGUAUCUGACGGCUCCACAGGCUCCCUGUUGAGACUGCAAGCGCUGGGCCGGCCCCCACAACGCUCAGUAAGUGGCAGUCUGGAUCAGGAGAGGGACACUUCACUGUCUCUUUAUGAAUUCGAUCUGCGGCCCCCAUCUCCCAUUGACCUGACCCGCAGCAUUGACGAGGCCCUCCACAGGGAACACCUGCUCGGAGGAGGAAGUUUGUUUCAUCCUUUUAACCAAACCUCACAGUCCCCGUCCCCGGGAUCAGGGGUCAGCCAAGGGCCCUGGCUUCGCAGAAACAGUGAUCCUCAGCUGCUUUCUGAGAGCAGCGAUGCCCAGACAGAGUCUUCCAUGCCACUGGGGGGCAGUGUUCUCAGCAGUGUGCCCAGCAGGCAGGUGACAGCUCCCCCCACGCCCUCUCACCAGGGUCACAGGUGGGCCGGGGACGUGGCAGGAAGUGUCCCCUCAUCAUUGUCCUGUCCUGUGUCAUUUCGUCCCUCCAGAACAUCAACAGGGCAUCUGGGGGAGGAUGGAGUGGACGACACGCGGCCGUUCAUCACCCCAGACUCAGAGAGCGUGCGGGGGAGGGCUGGGAAGCCGGUGGGGUCACGGAGUUACCUGGAGGUCAGCCGUCAUGACGACUCUGCCAGUGUCAGCAGUGAAAUUAUCGAUCUAUGAACCAAACCUUGGACAUGAGGACCAAUUAACAUACAUCAAACACACCCUGUUAACAUAUAUUGUUCAAAAAUUUGGGAAAAUUUGAUCGAGCUGCCGAAAAAUUAAUUAUUAUUAUUAUUAUUUUUAGAGAAGAGAAACUAUUUAAAAGUGUCUCUUGGUGAUGACCUUAAAGGAUAUCACCUAGUUGCUUUGUAUCUUGGUAAAGGUUUAAACAACUGUGUUUGUGGAACAUAUAUGAGAUGCCUUUUACUCUGGGAGUAAAACUGGGAGAUAAAGCACAGAUAAACAUGAACAACACUCAUAACUCUUUCCAACUCUUUCUCACUCAUGCAUUAUUGCCCUCUCUUUCUUGUCCGGUUUUAUCUCAAACACUCAGACCUGCAUAACACUGGUGUCACUUCAGAUACACGGGGACCAUACAUACAGUACAUUUCAACAAGUCCUAGUAAUGGCAUGUAUGGGAACAGCACCACCAAGAAUUUCAAUACUUUUGAAAGACAAAUGUGGCUCCAAACAUUUUUAAGUCCCUUUUCUAUUGUUUCUGUGAAAAGAAAUGUCUCCAUAUAAACAACCGUGAAUGUCAUUGCUUUCAUAGAGUUUAUUUGCUGUGUUCCAUAAUUCAGUAUGCUUUGUGAAGUAAAGAUGUGCCAUACAUAACAUUGUUUGGUUCCGUGAUAUUUGUAUGGUUCCAUAAAUCCAUUAUUUGGGUUAACUCUCUAUAGCGUCUUAACAGUAUCAUAGUGACUCAGCUAAGGAUUACUACUUUGAAGCUCUUAAUGUGCUGCUACGCCUGUUGUUGUUGUCCAGUCUGCCUUGUAUGUUAAUGUGAACCUGGUUGCAUAAAGAGACGGGCGGUAAACAACGACCAGAGACAUGCAGAUGCAUGGUUGUACUUCUGAAACUAUCGCUGAGGCUUUUAGCUGUAGCUCAACUUCACAAUGAGAUUUAAGCAUUCACUUGUGAGGUUAAUGCAUUUCAUCUUGUUAUUUUGCUGUAGGACAAAGCUCUUGCAAUCAAUAAUUAUGUACGUUUAUAGCCUUUGACUGCAUUUUUACAGGAUUUGAUGAAGAAUAUUAAACAUUACAAUAGUCCAUUCAGUCGCAUUGAAUCAAUUCAGACAGUUUUAUAUGUAAUGUUAAAUGCUACACAGCUUUGCAGGGCGGCACCACAUGAGACUUGCUUGGCAUGACCCUCAGAUCUCUUAUAACUGACCUAAAUCAACACAGCACUUAACUGUAAGCCUGAGCACUAGACUGAAGUAUUUUACUACUCAAGAGGAACAUAUCUUUCAAAUAUAUGAUGUAUAAGCAACAAUGUAAAUAAUGUUAUUUUUGAUGUUCAUGAAUAAAGGUGUAUUUGAAACCUAGUUGUAGUGGUUACUGUGAAAGACAAUCUAAAGUGUUAGUGCUUAUGUGUGUGAGCUGUGCAGACAGUUUUUUCAACAUCACACUGUGUCCAGUAUAGGACAUGCUGUGACGGUUAAUACUUCACUGCAAAGGUUGUUACAAGAUGUGCUCAGGAUUAUGGUGACGCAGAGAUUGCUUAAUAAAUAACGAACGGACUACGGUCUGCAUGAUUUUGAUUUGUUCUUUUCUUUCUUUUUUUAUUCUGUCAUUAAAUGACGACAAAGGUAUCAGAAAGAAACACAAAACACUUCACAUGUAACCGUAUUUUAGUCUAUUAAUUAACUUGAAUCUGUUUGGUGAUCCUGGCCCAGUGGUUUCCUCCUCCUCCUUAAUUACAUUUGAAAAGUUUUGUUCCAACAUGAUAUAUCAAGUAUUCUGUUUUUAAAAACUGAGUGUUAUUGUUGUUCCUGAUGAGAGCCAUACCAUGACUUGUUUUUCGGUUACCUCAGGGUGACUUGCUGUACCUCCCAGUUAUGUGAGAUGCUUGACUUGGUUAGUAUUUACAGUACAAUGGCCUUGUGUUGUUGUCGACAUUCCUAAGAACCUGUAAGAUUUCACUGUAUCAGUACUUGCUGUUACCUCUUUUACUUCAUAACCAGGGUGGUUCCUCCAGCACCCAUAGUGUUGUCCCCUCCAUAAACGCAGUACGUGCCAUAGAAAAUAAAUCAAUGUGCCGCAUCCAGUCUGUAGUCACAAUGCAGAAGUACAGUGUUAGAUUCAUUAGUUUACUUUGCUCAUUGAACUUUUGUUCUUGUAUUCCUUGCUGCAUUUCAUGUAUGGAUUCAAAUAAAAACGAGAAA